AUGGCGAAUAUUAUCAUGCAAGAUACUGUUAUACACGAUACUCUCAUGCAAGAUACUGUCAUGCAAGAUACUACCACGCAAGAUACUGUCGUGCUGGCCCUCGUGCGAAAAAUAACGAGGAUGAAAAGACUCAAGAAAAAUGGAGUGAAAGUUGCGAGCGAGGUACCUCCAGUCCGCGAAGACUCUUGUUGGGAACCUACCGAGAUAUCCUACCUUCUUCAUCUCUACACUAUUAACGAAAACAAUAUCUCUAGGACUGAAAAGGGCGCGAUCUACUACGGUAAAGGCGUCGCAGCUACCCUUGUCCGCGACAUGACGGCCGAGUCUGUAAAACAUAGCCCAGGAGGCUCGUUACACGCAUCUGAUCCAUGGUACCCCAGAAAUUACACCCUUCCGUUGAUUGUUGCAAAGAUACGGUGCUUGAUUCACGAAGAAGAUGACUUGGCGGUCGAGUUGGAGGCCGAGUUGAAUGCUCACUAUGGUAAUGUCCCAGAUCCCGUAGCAAAACAACCUUCUCGGUUUGCAGUCGAGAGACGGAGACGAGCAUUGGCGAAAGAGUUAAAGCAGAAGCAGAAGCAGAAGCAGAAGCCGGAACUCAUUAUUGUAGAAGAAGCACUUCGAGAGGCAGAGCGCGUACUUGGUGAAGAGCUAGUUCAAAAUGCAAACCAGACACUUAGAUUAGAAUUCAAGAAAGUCAAAAAGCCCGUUAUCACUGAUAAGACCGAUGCUUGA